AUGGAAAAAGAAACAACUCGUGACUACAUUCCCCACUUGGUCUCAAUUGGUCCCAACCAUUAUGGAAAUCCCAAACUUUCUGACAUGGAAACUCAGAAGACAGAGCUUCUUGAUCUUGAAUCCAGGGAAUGGAAUUCCCAAAAGGCAUCAUCCCUCACAAACGCUUUGCUAGAAUUGGAAGAGAAGACUAGAAAAUGCUAUCCCCAUAGUUUCAACCACAUGGAUGGGGAUGCAUUUGUGAGGAUGAUGCUCACAGAUGCAUUCUUCCUCAUAAACCUCUUCACAGAUUACCCCAAAUUCCGCAAGGUCCCCUUUUUCAUCCUUGCCAAGGUGUACGUUAUAUUGACCGAUAACGAAUCAGCCGAUAGUUUGAAGAAGCUGGCGCUUCAAUUCUUCAAACAAUUAGUUCCCUUUGGCAAAGCGGCAGAGAGUUCUACUUCAAGAUCGCCAGAAAACCCCAAACAUUUGCUGGAUUUGUUUCAUAGUAGUUUCGUUACUCAAAAGGAUAGAUCAGAGGAAAGCACAACUAACCCAUCAUCACAUAAAAUGGAAACCAAGUUUUGGGUCGACAAUGCCUCAACACUAAGGUCUAAAGGAGUUACAUUCAUUGCAAGGGAAGCUAGGAGGAUUAUGCCACUGGAUAUUGAAUUCAGCUGGCUAGGACUCCUCAGAAUUCCAACGCUUUAUAUCGAUGAAAGAAACAUGAGGGUCCUCAAAAGCCUGUUGGCAUACGAGCAAGGAUCACGUGAAGUAAAGCCAUAUUUCAGCUGUCUUGCAGUGUUCUUCUCCAAUAUCGCAACCACUAAACGUGAUGUGAAGCUUCUGAGGGAGGCAGGGAUUAUCCAGCACCAACUCCAUAGUGAUAAAAAGGUUGUUAGUCUUUUCCAAGAACUCUACGAAGCGGUUGAGUAUAGCUCCGACGAGGAUUGCCUGCUCAAAUGUGAGGUUGAGCGUAUUAAUAGAUUUGCUGCGGCAUUUGUUCCGGGAAAGUUUAUUAGUUACGCCAAGAGAAUAUUGUUGGCAAACUUUGUCCCUUUCGUUGUGUUGUUUGUUACUUUAUUCUUAUCUUUGUCACCAGCUGAUACCUUAAAACCCUUUAGAAUUAGAGCCUAG